GCCCUGCAAAGUCAAAGACGCCCAGGGAGAGCAUGUACUUGCUGCUCGCUGGGCCCCCGGGACCCAAGAAGGCAGAGGUGAAGAAGGCUAUCCAGAAGCGUGCGAAGGGCCGGGCCAAAGUGCCACACAAGUUCAGGGACAGCGUCAAGAACUUCUUCUUCUCGCCCACUGGAAUGCUGAAGAUCCUGAGAAUGAGCCUUAUCGUGGCAGCAGCAGUUUGUUUCCUCAGCGCCCGUGCCCCUGAGUCUUAUAUCGCAGUCACCAUUCUGGAGGCCUGCAUCGUCGUUUUCUUUAUUCUAAUAUAUCUGCUAGCCCUUCAACACUUGCUGACUUACAUACAUUGGCCCUUACUUGAUCUUAUCAACAGUAUCAUUUCGGCUCUGUUCCUUUUAAUAGUUGGCCUCUUAGUGAUGGAAGAAAAGGACAGAAGGAAUUUGUUAUUUAUUGGAGGGACCCUGUGUCUCGUGGCGGCAGCCCUGUGUUUAAUUGAUGCGGUGCUGAUCACCAAGAAGACGAGGGACAACAUAAAAAGGCUCCUGGCGGACAACGAGGAGUCCAAGCACACGGUCAGGGCGCCUCUGCCCAGGCACAAGCGCGGGACGGCGCGGCGGGAGGCCCCGCAGCGCUAGCGGGGACCCGGCGGGUCUGCGGUCGCCUGCCCGAGACCCUAAAAGCCGGGAUGCUCGGUCAGGAACACUGCUGUCUCCUCGUGUGGCCUUGGGUAGAGUCGACUUCCAUUCUCCUGCGUCCCCGGAGCUC